UCCUGUCAAUUAGAGCUGCUAAAAUUGUGCGCGUAAACACCAAGUAAGCCAAGCUAAAAAACAACAACAACUGAACUGGGAACUGAGAGAGAAACAUAAAAAAAAAAACAUGUCCAAUUCGGAAGAUACGCUUGAGAAGCGUGCAGAGCAUAUAUGCCGCGUUUGCAAUGUGCCAUCGUUGCAAACUCUCUCGCUCUUCCAGCCCCACAUGAUUUCCGGCGAGCUGACGACACUGGCUGCGCAGCUCAGCUACUGCACCAGUCUGCAAGUGCUCGAGGAGGAGCAUUUCCUGCCCAGUCAAAUCUGCAAGCGCUGUGUCGUGCUGCUAACCCAGUUGGUUGGCUUUAGGGGCACAGCGUUACGCACAGAUCGUAUGCUACGCAUGCACAAUGCCGAUGCAUCCAAAUUGGCAAACUCGUCCUGCUCUCCAUCGUUAGUUAAAUCGCUGUCAGAUGUUGUGGAUGUUGAUUUGGAAUUGACGGACACCGAUGACUUUGUCUAUGUGCUAGAUGAAACUGAAGCGCUGGUUGUGCAGGAUCACCAGCACGAGGUGGACGAUGAGGAGCAAGGGCAGGAGGAGGAGAGGGAGGCGGAGGCGGAGGAGCCGGCGCCCGAGGAAAUUACUGAAGAUGAAAUUGAUUUUGCCGGUGAUAAGCAUGUUGAGGUUUUCGAAGUGGACUUUGAUCUUCCCGACGAGGAUUUUGAGGAGCACGAACCGAGCCACACAAAAGCCAACUGCAUUAAGUUGCGUGGCACACACCGACCCAAAACCGUCAAUGCCGCCCUCCUGUGUCCCAUCUGUGGCAAGCAGCUGAGCACCAGUAACUCGUACAAGUAUCACAUGCAGCUGCACGGCGAUGACAGGCCAUUUGUGUGCAAGAUUUGCGGCGACUCAUUUAAGACGCGUAAUGCGUACGAUGGACACAUAACGCUCCAUAAUCCCAACAAUCCCAACAAAUGCCGCAUCUGUGGCAAGACAUAUCGGCAGGCAUCAUCGCUGCGCUCCCACCUGUACAGUCACAGCGGCGUCAAGCCGUUCACCUGCAACAUCUGCGGCAAGGGCCUGACCCAAAAGUCCGGCUAUAAGAAGCACAUGCUCAUCCAUACGGGCGAAAAGCCGUACUAUUGCGAUACCUGCGGACGCAAUUUUCGCUAUUCCAGCAAUCUGAUUGCCCACAAGCGUUCCCACACUCGGAAGAGCAGCCCUACCAAAAAUGCUUUGGCCCCACUAAAAGCACACCUGAAUGCAAACCAACCAAAUAUUCUUUAAUGUUUUUAAGCACUACAAAUACAAACAUUUGAAAUGUAAGCUCUUACUAAAUCGUCUUUUGACUGAAAUUAAUGUAUCUCAAACAAAAAAAUGGUGUUCUUGUAGUCCAAACACAAAUAGGAAUCUAUAAAAUAGAGCUGGCAAAUCGUAAAAAUUA